GUGGAGAGAGGAGGUCAGUGAAAGAACAACAGAAGCCGAGAUGUGGACAGAGGCACGGAGCAGUUAGCGGUAUCCGGCCGUCCGGCCGGCUGUGCGUCCGUCUCCAUCAGUGCCCUAAGGCCUUGCGGGAGUAGCGUCGUUUUGUGCAGUCGAUUUCCGCAGAAACCCGUGUACUCGUCCAACUUGGGCUGCGUCGAGAGGACGACAGAGCGCGCUGCAAUUCGUGCUUUGAGCUCACUCAAACCUUCUGGAACGUCGUCGGGGUUUUUCGACGGUUUCGCAGCGCUGUGCUCCUGAGCGCGAGCUUUGUCGAUACGACCUGGAAUGGUAGCGGCCGACGAGUGCUUGGUUAACUGAGGCGGAAUUUCGGGUUUUGGAGGUCUGUCGGCCGCCUAGAAUGGGGAAGUCGAAGGUCUUUAAUCCGCGGGUGUUCUUCGAUAUCACAAUUGAUGGCGAUCCUGCGGGGAGGAUGAUUAUGGAGCUCUAUGCUGAUACUGUGCCCAAGACAGCAGAAAAUUUCCGCGCCCUUUGUACAGGGGAGAAGGGUGUGGGUGCUGUGACAGGAAAAGCCUUGCAUUUCAAGGGGAGCAUCUUCCAUCGUGUCAUUCCGGGAUUCAUGGCUCAAGGAGGUGAUUUUUCAAAGAAAAAUGGCACAGGAGGAGAGAGUAUCUACGGCGGCAAAUUUGCAGACGAAAAUUUCAAACAUUCACAUGAUGGGCCAGGGGUUUUGUCCAUGGCCAAUGCUGGCCCAAACACGAAUGGUUCUCAGUUUUUUAUAACCUUUAAAUCGACUUCGCACCUCAACGGGAAGCAUGUGGUUUUCGGAAGGGUGGUAGAGGGUUUGGAUCUCUUGAAGAAAAUCGAGACUCAGCCAACUGGCCAGAGGAACAUUCCAGAAGUUCCUAUCAAAAUUGCCAAUUGUGGAGAGAUUAUGCAAGGGAAAGACACUGGGGUGCCUGCUUCUGACGCGGAAAAGAAGAAAGUGAAGAAGGUAAAGGGUGGAAGGCAUGAUACAUCUAGUGAUGAAGAUGAGUAUGAAGAAGUGCGAGGCAAGAAGAAGCACCGAAAGGUUUCCAAAGAUCGUCGUAAGAAGAAGAGAAGACGCCAUUAUUCUGAUUCUGAUUCUGAUAGUUCAACAGAUUCAGAAUCAGACUCAAACUCGUCUUCUGAAAGUGACUCAGAAUCCCCAUCUUCAUCUGACCUCAGUUUUUCAAGUGAAGAGGAUCGGAAGAAGAAAAAGAGAAAACCUGUUAAGAAGGAAAAACGCAAAUCCGUGAAGCGGAAAAGGGAUAAGCGCAAAGAGAAAAGGAGAAGCAGGAAGGAUAAAAGGUCGAAGAAGAAGUCCAAAUGGAGCUCUGAGAGUGAAUCUAGCGAUUCCGAAGUUGACACCGACAGUUCCACCGAACCGGAUAGCGGUACGGAAAGCGACAGUGAGAGUGAUGCUAAAGAACCGAGGUCGAAGACGAAAGCUUCUGUUGGUGCUACCAAAGCCAGCAAGAAGGCAGCUUUACCAGGGAAAGCUGCUGCUGCUACACAGCUCCAAGCUGUGCAGAAGGUACAAGGAGGAAAAGUUAUCGGAAAUCAAGUACAAGAAGAAACUAUGGAAGCUGUGAUUUCAAACACGCGAGAUGUAUAUCCCAAUGCAGGGUCACUGGAAGUUAUGAAAAGGAAGGAAGAAUUCGAGCUUUCAAUGAAGCCCAAGAGCAUUCCUUCUCCUAUUCGUGGGCGAAGUGACUCGAGAAGUCGAAGCCGGAGUUUGAGUAGGAGCAGAAGUGCAAGUCCAGUGCGUGGAAGCCCAAGUAAGACGGAAAGUCUGAAGCCAAGCAUAAGCCGAACACCCAGCCGAAGCGUCAGCAUCAGCCCCAUCGCAAGUCCUGUUCGUGAGAAAAGCAAAACGCCUGUGCCACAGGCCCUGCGAUCACGAAGUGUCACACCGGCGCGAAGUCCCAGUCCUGCUGAUGGAACCCCAAAACGGAUCAGGAGAGGUCGCGGUUUCAGUCAACAGUACUCGUAUGCCCGUAGAUAUAGGACACCUUCUCCUGACCGAUCACCUCCAAGGUCUUACCGAUACGGUGGAAGAGGGCUGGAUAGAGACCGUGAUAGAUAUGACCGAGGAAGUAACUACAGAUUUGGAGGAGGGUACAGGGGAUACCGGGAUCGAUCCCCACCCAGAAGAAGAAGCCCUCCGAGGGGAAGAACACCACCAAGGCACAGGAAGAGCUAUAGUCGCAGUUUAAGCAGAAGCCGCAGUCCAGUAAGAGGUCCAGUAAGGAAUCCGCCCUACAGACGAACAAACCGACUCAACGACAGCAAGUCACCAGAACCUGGCAGUCCGAUUUCCAGCCCGGAGGCACCAAGGAUGAGUGAAACCUUGCGGGCACGUCUUGGACCUCGCGUUGGAGGAGCUCAGGGUAAGGAUGCGGAUGGCAACGGUGCACCGAAACUGAAAAGAAGUCGCUCAUACGACAGACGGAGCUAUUCAGGAUCAAGGUCUCCCCGCAGAUCGCCUUCAGAGAGUCCAUCUCCCAGAGGUCGGGGAUUGGUCUCUUAUGGAAGAAUGAAAGAAGAUAGAUCCCCUAGACAAGCCCAAUCUCCGUCAGUCUCACCGAGCAGGUCUUCAUCGAGGAGUCCGUCGCCUCCUCCCAGCAAACCAGGUCUCGUUUCUUACGGUGAAGGGAGUCCUGAUUCCCGCUCGAUGUCUUGAGAGAUGAGUUGACCAACAAAACUUGUCAACCACAGCAGCGUGGAUGUUAGAUGAUUCUACCUACCGAGUCGAUCUUUAUAGAGUAGCACAGAAAGCUAGUUUCACAUUGACGGGUAAUGUUUGCCCACUCCCUUUUUGAUAAUCUUUCCGAAUUUCUAUGAUGUGUCCCUAUGCUUCUUUAUGGCCUAUGUAAUCUACAUUUAGUUUCA